CUGAUAUUGCUACUUGCCAUUAUUAAGAUUCGGGUUGGCGACAGCCCGUCAAUCACCAACGCCACCAUGGCUUCCUCUACUUCAUCGACUUCUCUGAGGGCAAAUGGCUAUCGAUACGACUCAAUAUCCAAUUCCAAUACAUCUUCUCAGGUCGAAGCGCCAAUAACACGCUCAACAUCUCCUUCCUUAGCAAAGCCGACGACCCGACUCCUUGCGCCCGAUCUCCAACGCGGUCUUCUCAUGGCCAUCAUGGCCAUGGAUCACCUCGCCCUUGGUAUAAACACUUGGCAACAUGGCACCAACAUCGAUGGCGAGACGGAUGGAAUUAUUGUUCGCCGCUGGAACUUCACCACUGCUUACAUCGUCCGCACAUUUACUCAUUUUUGCGCCCCUGGAUUCAUGUUUCUUCUCGGCAUGGGCGUAGUAUUUCUUUCUCGAUCACGAACUCGCCUUGGUUGGUCAGCAGGCCGGAUGAUACAUUAUUAUGCCAUGAGAGGGUUCAUACUCACGGCUGUGACUGUUCUGUGGGGAUUUUUAUGGUCAGGGGGUCAACUGUGGUUUAUGAAUAUGGUUCUAUUUGCACUGGGAUUGAACUAUUUCCUGGCUGGUAUGUUGUGGCUUACCAUGAAUGAGACUGAAAAUUGGCUUGCGGAUGUGCUGGAAAGAUGCCUCUUGAUGCUUGACAAGCGCACUGGGAUAGUGUAUGGCAGAUGGAACGAUGAUAGUGAUGACGAACAAGGAGGAGUCAGCCAGCCGCUUUUACAAGGACAGAGACACACAGCCAGAGAAAGCGAGCGAGCGACAACGGCUUCAUCUUUAUCUUGGCAUAUUCACAACAGUAUUCUAGCAAUCCUCAGUGUCAUUACCAUAUGGUGGAACAUCUGGUUAUCCGAGAACCAUGGCCACUGCAGUAUCGAGACCGAAUCACCAGACAACCUCUCCACACCAAAGAAUCCGUUCCUCAGCAUUUGGUUCUGGCCCGUUAUGGGCGAUCAUGUCAUGUCAAAUUUUCCUCCUCUGGCGUGGCUCUCCUUUGCCAUUCUAGGACUUCUCUAUGGCCGCAUCCUCUCGGCCCGGAAAUGGACAACCUCUGCUAUUGUUAUGGGCCAUGUCGCCAUAGGAGUCAUCUUUUCUAUCAUUUUCGUUGGUACAAGGCUUCUCCGCAUCGGAAACCUUUCUGAGGACUGUUUACAUACACCUGCGCAACACGACCAAACUAUGAAAGAGAAUCCAUAUCUUGCCUCGCCAGCAUCUUUCUUCUAUAUAGUCAAAUAUCCUCCAGAUGUCGCGUUCUGGGCCUUCACCAUGGCUGGCAACCUCUUUCUCCUCGCAGCCUUCAGUUCCAUCCCUGCGCAUAUUGCGCAGCGUUUCUCUCUCCUUUUGAGCUAUGGCACAUCGUCGCUAUUUUUCUACGUGGCGCACAUAUGUAUCGUCAUGUCCCCUCUAGGGCAGCUGAUGAUAAAAAUAUUUGGCCAAGAGACUGACCACGCAAGCCCCACAAACCCGGGAAAUAAUAUGGGUAUUAGCAACCUCUUUAUUUACUUUGCGCUGUGGCUGGCUCUGCUGCUCAUCAUGUGGCCAGCAUGCCAUUACUACAGUCGUUUCAAAAGCACAAAACACGCCGACUCAUUAUGGAGAUUCUUUUGA